CAACGCCUGUCAUGUCCCCCCACCCAGUGAGUUUUAGAGAGAGAAAGAGAAAAAGAGAGAACCUUUGACUAAGUUCGCACAACAACUUCUGGGGGGCGAGUCUAAUUUCCACCAUACGACCAACAAUCGAACGAAUUCCACGCUAACUAUUCUCGCCGCCGGUCGAGAUUUCCGCCGGAGGAACAGUUGCUUGCCGGCAGAAGUGAGAGGAAAGGAAUCGAUCAAGUAUCGGCUCGCCGGAGGUAGUUUUAGUGAUUCAGUGUGAAUUCACGAGUGCCUAGGGUUUUGCGCCGCUGUUUUAGGGAACCGAUUGUGACUGGAGGUGUAUUGACUCGCCGAGUGUACUCAUCUGAUGAGGAAUCUAGAGGUUUAGCUGAGUUUGUGAGUGUUCGCGGUGAUGGAUCGGACGGCCUCGGUGAUCUCCUGUUCGGUCUUCUUCUGGGCAAUUCUGUUCUUUUCCAGAUUAUAUCAUGUCUACGGAAAUGCUGAAGGUGAUGCUUUGAAUGCUUUAAAGAGCAACUUGGCUGAUCCUAACAAUGUUCUUCAAAGCUGGGAUGCUACUCUGGUCAAUCCCUGCACAUGGUUUCACGUCACAUGCAGUGGUGAUAACAGCGUCACGAGAGUUGAUCUUGGAAAUGCAAACUUGUCUGGUCGGCUGGUACCACAACUUGGGCUGCUUGUGAAUUUACAAUACUUGGAACUCUAUAGUAACAACAUAAGUGGAGGAAUUCCAAAUGAACUUGGAAAUUUGACCAGUUUGGUGAGCUUAGAUCUGUACUUGAAUAAUCUAAAUGGACCUAUCCCACAGACAUUGGGCAACCUGCAGAGGUUGCGUUUCUUACGUCUGAACAACAACAGCUUGUCUGGAGAAAUCCCUAGGAGUUUGACUACUGUUAUGUCGCUUCAAGUCCUUGAUCUAUCAAACAAUCGCUUGACAGGGGAUGUUCCAGUCAAUGGCUCCUUUUCACUUUUUACUCCCAUCAGUUUUGCUGGAAAUCGUCUAAAUACUCCUCCACCUUCUCCCCCACCUCCACUUGCUCCUACACCCCCUGCUUCUUCAGGGGGAAAUAGUGCAACUGGAGCAAUUGCUGGAGGAGUUGCUGCUGGCGCUGCCCUUCUUUUUGCUGCCCCAGCAAUAGCACUUGCGUAUUGGCGAAAAAGGAAACCGCAGGAUCAUUUCUUUGAUGUACCUGCUGAGGAGGAUCCAGAGGUACAUCUUGGUCAGCUCAAGAGGUUUUCUCUUCGUGAGCUAAUAGUUGCCACGGAUAAUUUUAGCCCAAAGCACAUACUUGGAAGAGGUGGGUUUGGGAAAGUAUAUAAGGGACGUUUGGCUGAUGGUACUCUUGUGGCAGUUAAGAGACUAAAAGAAGAACGCAACCAAGGUGGGGAGUUACAAUUCCAGACAGAAGUGGAGAUGAUUAGUCUGGCUGUUCAUCGAAAUCUACUUCGAUUACGAGGAUUUUGCAUGACACCAACUGAACGGGUGCUUGUAUAUCCAUAUAUGGCUAAUGGAAGUGUUGCGUCGUGCUUAAGAGAUAGACCUGAGACAAGGCCCCCACUUGAUUGGUCAAUUCGGAAACGGAUAUCCUUAGGAUCUGCCAGGGGUCUUUCUUACUUGCAUGAUCACUGUGAUCCAAAAAUUAUUCACCGUGAUGUGAAAGCCGCUAAUAUAUUGCUUGAUGAAGAGUUCGAAGCUGUAGUUGGAGACUUUGGAUUGGCUAAACUUAUGGACUACAAGGAUACUCACGUUACUACUGCUGUUCGAGGCACAAUUGGACACAUUGCCCCAGAGUACCUCUCUACUGGCAAAUCUUCAGAGAAAACUGAUGUUUUCGGCUAUGGUGUUAUGCUUCUCGAGUUAAUCACCGGGCAAAGGGCGUUUGAUCUUGCUCGGCUUGCCAAUGAUGAUGAUGUCAUGUUACUUGAUUGGGUGAAGGCACUCCUGAAAGAUAACAAGCUAGACAUGCUGGUUGACGAAGAUCUGCAGGGAAAUUACGAUGAAGAAGGGGUAAGGCAACUAAUACAGGUGGCACUUCUCUGCACUUUGGGUUCUCCAAUGGAGCGACCUAAGAUGUCGGAAGUUGUGAGGAUGAUUGAAGGGGACGGUCUAGCUGAGAGGUGGGAAGAGUGGCAGAAGGAAGAGAUGUUCCGUCAAGAGACUACAUACCCUCACCACCCGAAUACAGAUUGGAUCAUUGCGGAUUCCACUUCUAACCUCCGACCAGACGAACUAUCUGGUCCAAGGUGAUUGAUGGUCUUGUCCGAUCGAUACUCCUGUUUUCUCAUUUGGAAUUUCAAUCAAAGUCGUCAUUUGUGCAUAUUGUUUUUUUUUCUUCUCUUCUCAUGUAUACUUUCAACAUCUUUAUAAUUUUUUUUAUUGAGGUCUAGGUGUUUUUCUCUUAAUAAGUGUUUUGCAGAUUCUGAUUUGUGUUAUUGUGUCUGUAAUUAGCCAACCCGAUAUCGGUUGGUAGCAAUUUUAUGUUGUUUCGUAUAUGAAAUAGUAUCAUCGCGCUAAUAUAUACACUACAAUUUUUUUUCCUACA